CACAACUCCCAGGCGCCCGCGCGCCCGCCUCGCCCCGACCACGUGACCGCGCGGCCCGAGUCUUGAUCCCGGCGGCUGCGGGACGGACUCGGAGCCUGGAGUCCGGAGCGAGCGGACCUGGGCCCGGCGCCCACCUGGGGCGCUCACCAUGGAGAUGCAUUUCUUCUUCUCAGAUAAGGUGGUGCUUCUAUUUGAUUUCUGGAGUGUCCACAGUCCUGCAGGCAUGGCUCUGUCGGUGUUGGUGGUUCUGCUCCUGGCUGUGUUGUAUGAAAGCAUCAAGUUUGGUAAAGCCAAGCUGCUCCACCAGGCUCUGGUGAGCAUGCCCAUUUCCACCAGCCAGCAGCUCAUUGAGGAGACAGACCAGGAUUCUUCAAGCUCAGAGUCAUCCCCAGUCAGCGGCACCUGCCUCAGGUGGUUUUUGUGUCACUUUGGCCAGUCUCUAGUCCAUGUCGCUCAGGUGGUCCUCGGCUACUUCGUGAUGCUGGCUGUAAUGUCCUAUAACACCUGGAUUUUCCUCGGUGUGGUCCUGGGUUCAGCCGUGGGCUACUACGUAGCCUACCCACUUCUCAGCAUGGAUUAGCCGGAGAGGGCUGUGCAGGCACUGAGGGCUGCAGAAAGCUGGGGCCCCCUCUUCCACACAUUGUACUUCCAGCCCCAAGUCUUUUCUCUUCUGAUGGCUGUUCCUCGCCUCCCUCCCCGCUCCUGGGAGCUUUCAGCUGAAGCCAGCACUUGAUCCCUGGAGUUCAGAAGCCAUUACAGCUACCUCUCCUCAGAGAGACAGCCCAGGCCUAGUCUUGUACCUUGGAAGGCUGCUGUGACCAGCAGGAGAAUGGAGAGAACAGCACCUGGGAGAAGGAUUGUUGAGCCCAUGACUUAACUGUGUGACUCAAAACAUAAGAAUUUCCAAAGAUCUUCAGGAUAGGGAGAUGGGUUCUGGGUGAAGGGCACAGAACCUGGAUACCCUUUGCUCUCCUGAUUUGUGCCUUAUUUAGAGGAGCAUCUUCUAUUGGACUUCCUGACCUCUUCUGUCUUUUGGGGGACACAGACCAAGCUGGCUUCUUUUUCUCACUUUUUCUGCCUUGGGAACAUGUGAAGAUUGCCCCUUCUGUGGAUCAUGCUGACAAACUAAGAUUUUUCAUUUUUUUCCCACUGAACUCCCGCUUGGCAAUUUUGCACAAUACAAAAUUUUAAAUGAAAUGACUUCAUUUUAUUCAUGAUGGAUGGCAGCAUCUUCUGGGACCUGUUUCCCUUUCUUAGGGGGCGGGGGGUAAGUGACAGGUUAAAGGCAGAGAAGGACUGUUAUCAAGGCUCUUCUGGAUGGAGGGAGCUCCUCCCAUCAGACUGCACCGACUGCAGGAGGAAGAUUUGGGUGUCUGGGAGCUCAUCCUGGCCUUAACGCCCCCUUUUAUCCUGACCUUUUAUGCAGAACAGAGAACUGCACUGAAUGACAUUCAAUACUUAAUGGUCUCUAUUUAUUACUUACUGCUCACCCAUAACAAACAUGAUUCAUUCACUAAAAUACUGAGUAAGCCACGGGGGGGUAUGGAUUGAAGAUGCAGUUAAGCCAUUGUAUAAUAAACCAAAUAAACCAAUAAACCAAAGCAUUGCAUUUGUAGAGUUACCCUAUUUGCCCGAAAAUAAGACCUAGCCGGACAAUCAGCUCUCAUGCGUCUUUUGGAGCAAAACU